AUGCCAAUCUUUGAUCUCCGAGUCCAUCAACUGGCUUAUCGCGGAGUACAAGAAUGGAAUUUGCGCAACAUCGCAGCGGGGCGAUUCACAGGGCUGGUGUUCACUAGGUCGAUUCCAGAAACCAUAUUUUUGGCUAAGUUGAGUCAUGGACUACGUGACAACGGGGUUGAUCUCGACAAGGUCUCGCACGUCGUUUGGACUCAGAACAACCAACAGCCCCCAAAGAAACAAGACGACCCAGGCGCAUACGUAGCUCCCUUGGUGCAGCGAAUUGUGGACAUGUUGAAGCCCCUCAUGCCUGUGGAACAAGACCUUUAUGCGCUACAUCAAAUGCAAGCUCUACAAUCGGACAAUGAGAAGUACCGUAAGAAACUUGCAGAGAGCGGAAUCCCGGUCACCCCAAUAAAACGCAAGGCGGAGCACCCCGUGAACGACACCCACACCCAGAAGAAGAUGAGGUUUGAGGAGCUCCCGGUUACCUAUGACGAUCUCCAACAAGCAGCCUCCGUGGUCCCUCGCGUGUCGCAAAUCCAAGCAGUCAGUGCUAAGGUGGUCAAAGAGUUUCAGCAGAAUGCCGAGUUGCAGCUCCAUGACGGUGUCCUUUCCAUGAAGCUGAAAGAGUACAUCACUAAGGUGUUCAACAGCAUCGGAGGUGUUGACAAGAAAACCAAGAAAGUGUACGACUUCGAAGGGUUUUUGCAAAGUUUCACUUUGUCGCUGGAGAUUUACAGCAACUGGGUCACCCAACUGAUCGUAGCUAGUCCAUGGCUUUACCAAGAGAUGAAAAUGCCGGAAUGCAUGUUGGAAGUGCACAGCAUCAUGAGCUUCACAGCGAUGACAUAUGCAUUCGCUGCCUUGCUGGUGCAGCAAAGCUUCUCCGCGUACGAGGGCCUCACCUACAGAGAGUUCACGCAGCGCAGGUUCCGCAUGCGCAUUCUGGUCGCGACAUUGCAAUUCAUCAUCGCGUAUGUCCCCGGCGUGGAUAAACAUGUUAUGAUGUGGGCUACUUCAUUUGCUUGGUUGGUGUUGUGCACAAGAUCCAGCACACUUGAUCGUUAUAGCUUGUCACUGAAGAUGAGGGUCAGAUCACUGGGAUUGCAUCCCUCGAUGUACUCCUAUGACUUCUUCAGCUCGUCCAACAUAGUCUACAUGAAAGUACCGUUUCAGUUUGAUGUCGCAUGGGUUUUUGACACCAAGAGGUUAACAUGCAGCACCCCAAACCGAAGGAAUUGGAAGCGCUACUGGUACAUAGGUUCUUCCUCUUUGACUGCCACGGCGCGAGAUUGCAACCGUGCAACAAAGCUUAGGCAGGUCUCGUCAAAGAAACUUGUCAAAACUGAGCUAGCCGUACAGUGGUGGAGUGAGAAAGACAAUUUUUUGGACUAUGCCACAGUCGUUCUGGGCGCAUUCCGGGGUUGGCACAGGGAGCGGGCAACAGGCUGUGGGCUAAACUACGGAGAAGGCACCGUGCUCUACACCAUCCAGUUCACAUCACAGAAGCUGGUACCAAACAUGCAAGAACAUCGAGACCUACCAGAAAUGCCCUGCUACUGCAAAGAAUGGCUGCAGAGAUACCCCAACCUUAGCCAUGUAAAUGGUCACAUCGCAGCUGGCCUCGAAGAGUUCAAUUUGGCACACGAUUUGGAAAAGUUCAACUGGAUCAAUGCCCAAUCCACGUUCUUCCCGGCCAAACGUGAGUACCACUCCAUGUUUCAAGAUGCUUUUGAUGCAUGGUGGAGGCGAAAUCAAUUCCCGCGUUGGAGCAAACCAGAUCUCACGGAGUUCAUUCACGACCAGUGGAAACAACACCUUGUCCAGAUCAGCAAAGAAGAACGGUUGGAUUUCAAGAGUGUGCAGAAGCUCAAACGGUUUUUCAAGGACAAUUUCGUCAUCCACAACGAGGACCACUGCAAGGGCCAUGUUAUGCUCUUCUGCCCCAACCUCUACUACACCACCCAGUGGAGGACAUGGACAGAUGAAACAGUAUUCACGCGAUUACCGUAUGCACCACAUGAAUACCAGCAAGCAUUAACGAAACAGAUUCCACAAGAUCUUCGCAAACGGUAUCCGUGGGGGUUCAAGUCUGAUCCAAGGUGCCCUCGAGGAUAUAUUUUCAUGAAGCGCAAGAAGCAGUGGGCGACAGCACGGACGAUUGUAAGCUAUUGGAACUCCCUCGCAGCACCGCUACUCACAGCUGUAUCGAUGGCACUAUCAAGCAUCUUAUCUUCUACUUGGCCACAGCAGCUAGCCACGGGAACCACACCUCAGCUUUGGAGUGACAUUCACCGCUUCCUGAGAGCACAGAGCGACACAGCCCGUAUGGUAGAACUCAAUCAAGAUUUGAUUGGAUUCUUCAAUUCGAUCCCGCAAACGGAGGUCGUGAAUGCAGUGCAGCGGCUUUUGGACGAGUGCCGUGCGACCCACAACGACACAUGCAUCAUGGUGAACCCUCACAGUCAUUUCAAGCGCAUGCAGGUUCUUCUUUGGCAAGCUGCAAAGAUAAUUAUAAGACUGUUCACCUAG